AUGUCUCUUUCAAUUCUUACCGCGGUCGUCCUAGGACUCGGGCUUCCAGCUCUGGCAUUGCCGUCUACUCAAUACCCAAAUAUAGCAACUCGUCUCAAUACGACAAACGCAUACACUGUUCCAGCUCAUGAUAAAAACCUGACUGCGCGAAAUGAAGCAAUCCAGGUCAAGAGAGAGACGUUUUUGUAUGGUCCCUCGAUAGCGGGAAACACUUCAUUUUGGCCAACUGGGUCUCUUGGAAACUCGACAGUCCAAUCUCAAUUCGCAUCACUUGUAGCAGAUGGAAAUUCGCAAGUGGCCGCGGUGAAAAAUGAUUCUGCUACAGCAGCUCAAGCUGUGAUAGCAGCUGGUGGUAUCACCAAACUUUCAGAUUUUGAUCGGUUGUAUGAUGGACAGUGGAAAAAUGCGAUUCCUGAUGGUCUUGUUUCAGGAAUUCUAUCAAACUACACGGACGACCUUUUAUUCUCUAUGGAGAGACUUUCGCUCAAUCCUUACUCAAUAAAACGUCUGAAUCCUACUUCAGACAAGCUUGCCUUUGACAUCGACGAGUCCAUUGCUUUAAGUAUCACUGGAAUGACUACCCAAUCUCUUUUGGCUUCCGGCUCGCUAUUCUACAUUGAUCAAAGGUUUCAAGCUGAUCUGGAAAGCACUGGUAGAUAUGCAGCUGCGUGCGAUGCCUUUUUCUACAUUUCUUCAGAUACAGGAGACUUCCUACCUCUUGCCGUAAGAACAAAUGUUGGCGAGAACCUGAUCUACACGCCUUUGGACCUACCAAACGACUGGCUUCUAGCCAAAAUCAUGUUCAAUCUCAAUGAUUUCUGGCACUCGCAGUUUUAUCAUUUUGCUGGUACGCAUAUGGUAGCCGAAAUCGUUUAUGAAGCAGCAUACCGAACACUGAGUGAUAGUCAUCCUGUCUUGGCUUUACUUAACAGAUUAACACCUCAAUUGUUUUCCUACCGUCAAGCAGCUCUUGCGACAUUAAUCAAUAAAGGAGGUUACGUCGACAAUUUAUUCGCUUACACAGGUGCAGCCGCCGCUGUGACGACCACAAUUUUAUACAACGAAAUGGGAGCCGGCAAUUUCCAAGCCAACUACUUCCUUCGCAAUCUCGAGAACCGCGGGUUGCUUAACAGCUCAUUCGGACCCGAACUAAAAUCCUUCCCAUUCUACGAAGACGCAUCUGCAAUCCACACCAGCAUCACAAAAUUCGUCAGCACAUUCGUCGACUCGUACUACCCCACCACCACCUCCUUCGAAUCCGACAACGAACUCCAAUCCUGGAUUUCCGAAGCAAUCCCCGCCCAGAUCCUCGACUUCCCAACCUCAAUGACCCGUCAAACAUUAAUAGAAAUCAUAACGCACAUCGCCUUCCUCGGCAGCGCAGCCCACCAAACCCUCAACACAAACGACGUCGCCGAAGCAAUGGCCGUCCUCCCCUUCCACCCGGUAUCCCUCUACGCGCCGCCUCCCACCUCCAAAGGCGUGACGGACCUCAUCCCCUUCCUCCCGGGUGUCGCCGCAUCCAUUGGGCAAAUCUCCGUCACAGCGCUGUUCUCGCGUCCGACAUUUCUGCAUUCAGAGAGGAGCCUUACGCAGAUGUUUAAUAGCGUCGAGAUGCUUGCGCGGAUGCCGCCGGGGAUUAAAGAGGCGGCGGAGACGUUUACGGGGGAGAUGAUGGUGCAGAGUGGUGUUGUGAGCUCGAGGGGUUUUGAUGAGAGGGGGUUGUGUCAGGGGAUGCCGUUUAAGUGGAAGGCGUUGGAUCCGCAGAGGGCGCCUUAUUAUUUUACGAUUUAA